AUGGUUUUCCCAGAAGCUUCUCAAGAUGACAUAUCUAUAGCAAGAACAUUUGUGAAACCUGAUUAUUUCAUUACUUUUACCUGCAACUGUAAGUGGUUAAAAAUCAAAUCUUCUCUCUUCUCUAAUGAGAAACUUACUGAUCGUCCAGACAUCUGGGUAAGGGUGUUCAACAUAAAUCUGGAAGCACUGAUUGAAGAUUUAUGGAAGAAUAAAGUUCUGGGCACGACUAGAGAAUUCAUAUGCAUGAAAGAAGAUCAAAAAAGAGAUUUGCCUCAUUGCUAUAUCUUAUUCACUAUGGCAUAUGAAGACAAACCAAGAGAGCCAUCACAUGUUGACAAGGUUGUUUCAGAUGAAAUUCCUGGCAAUUUUACAAAUCCAAAACUUUAUGACAUCAUUACCAGAUACAACAUUCAUGGACCAUGUGGACCAAUCAACACAUGCAGCCCAUGCAUGAAAUCAAGUGAUGAAAAUAAUGGCAUAAAAUCCUAUGAGAAGAAUUUUCCCAAGGCAUUUCACAGAUGA